AACGAGCUGUGUUCUUAUUGGUCAAAUAGUUUGUUAUUUGAUUGAAGCGCUUGUUGGAUGAUUUAGUGACCCAUUUAUAUGGAAAACGUAUGUCGGUAUUCAAUAAGUAGUACAAUGACCGCGAAUCUUUCCAUACAGAGUGAUUGGGAUCAGGUGUUAAGGAAGGCUGAAGGGGAAGCAUGGAUAUCUUGCAAAAUUGCAGGGAAGCCCAGCAUUUAUGGCAGUUUGAAAUGUCAAGGCAUUAGUGCUGAUGGAAACCCUGAACUCACCUCCUCUGAUGAGUUUGUUGUUCAUGAGAUGACAAAGAAGUGCAUCACUGUUUCCUGUCCUGGGCAGAAUAUUUCUGGCAAAUUUUUGUCUCCUUACACAAGCUUUUCAAGAGUUCAUUUAAAAAAUGUAACCUGCUUGGAUAUCUCCAGUGGAGGAGCCCUUGGAGUUUCCACCAGCACUGAUCAGUCCAUGAAGAUCUGGCAGACCAGUAAUGGAGAAAUAAGGAGAGUCUUGGAAGGUCAUGUCCAUGAUGUCUACUGCUGCAAGUUCUUUCCUUCAGGAAAGGUGGUCUUAAGUGGUGGGAUAGAUGCUCGGGUGAAAAUCUGGUCUGUGGAUGAUGGCAGCUGCCCAGUGACAUUAAAGGGGCAUAAAGGAGGCAUCCUCGACUUGGCUAUUGUGGAUCGUGGAAGGAAUAUAGUUACCUGUUCCCGGGAUGGCACAGCAAGAUUAUGGGAUUGUGGCCAGGCUGCCAGCAUUGCUAUCGUUAAUAAUUCUUGUGUUCCUAUCAAUGCCAUUGCUCUAGGAGCAGUUGAUAAUACAGUUAAUUUGGGAUCUCCCAAUGAAGCCCCUACUUGUUCUUUUGCAGGUGAUAGGGAAAUAGGGACAGAAGGUAAAAUGUUGAUCCUGGCCCGAGAGGAUAAAAUGUUGGAGGGAGUGAGUCUGCACAGUCGUGAUUCUGUUUUCAUAUUCGAAGGAUCAGAUGCUCUUAAUUGCUGCACCUUUAUCUCCAGUGUGGAUAUCCUUGCUGGGGCCCAAGAUGGAAAUAUAUUCCAUUUGGAUGUCAGAAACCCAAAAAAACCAGUUGAUAUAAUAUGCAGAACAGGCUCUCCAGUAUUGUCCCUAGUUCCAUUUAAAGAUGCCUACAUUGCAAGCCAUGGUAAUGGAUCCUGCUUUAUAGCACAAAGCUUUGAUCAAGUUCUGCAGCUAACUGGGCCAGACUGUGAACCUGUGUACCAGGUGGCUGCAUGGGAGAAGUUUGUUUAUACAUGCUGCAGGGAUGGAAUUAUCCGGAAAUAUCAACUGCCAGAUCUUUGAAGGAUUAACCAACCAUAACAGAUAGGCCUGCAAAAUUUUCUGGAAUCCACAUAUGAAGCAACGUGGAAGAUGGAGCAUCCAAUCCCACAUUUGAAAAGGACUACUAGUUUUGGAGUGUUGUGCCAUUGAUAUUGAAAUUCUGGCCAGUGUUUAUGCAACAUAUUUUGUAAAUUACAAUGCUGGUUUGGGGUCAUGUGGGUCACGUGUGACCCUCAGAAAUUGUUCUUUUCAGCAAGGGCAAAAAAAGGUAAAAUGUCGUACUCGUACAAAUAAACAGGAUCAUGUUUUGAAUAUCGAAUCCAGAGCAGAGCAUUGCUUCUUUUACCUGGACUGUAUUGUUAAUGGUCACUUCAUUAGCUGGGAGUAUAAAUUAUAGUAAAGAAAGCUAGAAUAUGGCAAAUAUUAAUAAAGAAUAUAAUAUUAAUAAAGAAUCAGCCAUCAAUAUAUUUUCCAUCAAUAUAAUUUUCUUGCUAGCAUAAGUGAAUGACUGAAUGCCCUAGUGGUGUUCAUUUCAGAUUGGAAGGUUACUUCUGUGUAAAAUAUGCCUAAAGUCAACUUUAAGGUUUAAAUGGAACAUCCCCUUGCUGUAUUGGCUUAAGCUGCCCAUCUUCUAGGUAAUUGUACAAUUUGUUCACACAACUGGGAUUGCCAGAUUGCACUGAUCUGGCCAGGUUGCCUGGUGUUUUUUAAUUUGCAGGCUAAAGAAGUUUUUUCAUUCAUUGGUUUGGCUCACAUUUUCAUUUUGGUAAGUCAGUGUUGGUAUCAAGUCUGACUGAACAGAGAUCUUUACUUUGUCUUAAACCCAAUCAGCUCCUUAGGAUUUUGUUUUAAAUAAAUGUAUUUAAAUUGUUUUGCCUGUAAUGUCUUCAUAUGAUAUAGUCUUAGUUAAAAAACAUUUUUAUUAGAUUCAUAAUAAAUCCUCCUGGAUUGCA